AUGUCAAAAAUAAUUCAUUCUGAAGAUGACGAUGACGAUGAUACUGGUAGUCAAUCAUCAUCGUCUUUAUCAUCACCAUCCAUAUCCUUACAGCAAGACCCAAUCCCAAGCAAAAUACCAUUAUCAACAUCAAUCGUACUAGAGAGAAAGUUGCCUUUAGAACAACAACAGAAGUUAUCAAACCCAACAGAAGGAUCUACUACUGAUGAUCAUAUAUCGGAGAAUUCCCCGGAUAAUAAAAUAAUGAUACGAUUUGUUCCUAUCGGAUCGACACCGUCGAUUCAACCACGAGUGUUUAAGAUCUCGGGAACACAAACUGUUUCUACAUUAAACAAAUUCUUGUGUAAAAAAUUAAAGUUCAAAGGUGUUUUAAAUUUGUAUAUUCAAAAUAGUUUUAUGCCUUUACCUGAUGAACUGAUAGGCUCGUUAUAUGGAUUAUUUAAAACUAAUAAUGAGUUGAUUAUUAGCUAUUGUAAUACGAUCGCCUUCGGUUGA